AGUUUUUUUUGAGAUGCUAUCAAUAUUGUUUUCGUUUCUAAAGGAUACCAUUGUGUAGAGAAAUGUUUUCUCUAUCGAAUGAGAUAUAAUUCGAAAUAUUUUGAUGCAAAAUAAAGGUAGUAUAAAAGGAAAAAUAUCAGUGUCCGAAUAAUUUUUUGCGUAGGAAAUCACGUGGUUUAUGACUAAUCCUCCAAAAUUUUUUGGAAAUCUUUUAUAGAAGAAAUUUUUUUUGUGAAAUAAAGUAGAGACUUCAAUCUAUCAAAUGGUAUAAUCAAAAUCAGAAAAAUAUUCUUUUUCGUUCAUUGUGAAAUUUCCUUCACAAGUAAUGUAUCACAAAGUGUCAGAAUAAUUAUUUUACAUACUGUAUAUCCAUGACAUUGCUUCCAUUUAUUUUGUGGCACAGUUUUGCAACAAUAUUUAAUACUCUAGAACUACAACAAUGAAGUAAUUAAUAUAUUUGAAAAGGAUGCUAGUCAUAUAUGGUCUGUGAUGAUUUACGUAGAGAGAUGUCUAUCGCGAUCUGUGACGAAGAGGAGGAGGUGCAAAAUUCUACUCUAUAUACCACACCGCUUAUUUUAGAUCGUGUUUCACAAAAGAAUAAUGGCAAUACUGUUGAAGAAAUAUGCUAUAAACGAUUUAAAACUACCGUUAUCUUGUGGAUAUAAAGACUUCAUCAAUAAAAAAUUAUUGGAUAUAGAUGAUAUACAAACGUUACUAGCACAAGCUCAAAUCUUUGUUAAUAUUCAAUUUUCUUUAUCGGACAUAAGUGAGACCCAAAUAUCACUUAAUAAAGAAAAUGGAAUUAAUCUUUGGGAAUUGUCUCAACAGAUCUGUUUUCUUAUUACUCAUUUUCCCUAUUCAACGUUACAGAUUUUAGCAGAAAUCAUCGUCAAAUAUUUGUUCAAAUUAUUCGCUAUCAAUAGUCAGUAUCACUCUUUCCUGUCAAUAAAUGAUAUUCAUGUACAAUUACAAAUUGUUUCUCCAAAAGAUAUCGUACUCACGAGCCCAUGCGCAAGUUCUGUCAAUGUGAAAUCCUCUUCUGAUGAAUCUACGUUAAAACAGGAAAAGAAUAGCUGGGGUCACGUGGAUAUUAUAGAUGAAAUUUCUGAAUUAGCCAAUAAUGGCAUUAGUGCCGGAUUAUAUGUACUACAUAUUAACCCUGGUCAUUCCAUACCAUUACAUAUUCACAAUAUAAUGACAGAAUCAGAAAUGGUUUGUCAGUCGUAAUCUAAUUUGUCAAAAACAGCCCGUUCCGUAUGGUUGUGUGCAUACGUGGCAUUCAGCACCACAUGAAUAUUCAAAUAAAAAUCGGUUUCAACAAUCUAUUUUAUGUAUCGAUUCACCUGCUUUCAUUCCAACAGAUAAAAUUUUAGUGGAUGGGAAACCAGCAACAAAUAUCAGGAUGACUUUAAUGAAAAAUUAUUUAUUUGAUGCAAAACCUAUAUUUUAUUUUCCAGGACUCUUUUCAUCUCAACAACAAAUAAUAUUAACAACUAAUCCUUCAUAAUUUUACUUAAAAUCAUCUGCAGUUCUGAUUUUUGCAUUUAAUUUGAAUGAUGAAUUAUUGUUUGUAAAUCACAAAAAACGAGGAUGGGAAUUACCAGGUGGUAAAAUUGAAGUAAAUGAAAAUGAAAGACAAGCUUGCAUUCGAGAAACAUUUGAAGAAAGUUAUUGUGAAUUAGAGGAAAGUUCUUUGCAGCCUAUUGCUCAAUAUAAAAUCAUCGAUAAAGAUAAUGUUGAUGAUGGUCAUAUUAAAUCUGUUUAUGCUGCACGAGUUAAAUUAGAAUAUCAAGACUGUCAUUUUGAUCAUGAAACGAAAGACCGAAAAUUUGUUUCAUCACUCGACUGGUUGACAAUUUUAAAUGAAAAUUGCAGUUUAUUAUUACACGAUGAUGUUUACCCAAUAUGUUUAGAAAUUGCUCAACAUAAACUAAUAAUUAGUACAACUAAUUAA